AUGAAUCGAUUUGCGCAAUCAUUAAUUAAAUCAACUUUAUUUCAAUUUAAAAAUGUAAAUUUAAUUGGACGUCAAAUUUUCGCAUUUAUUUUAACAACUAAUGAUGAUAAAAUAAAGAAAUUAUUUGAUUUAAUUAAAGAUGUUCGUUAUGCUAUGAUAGUCUUCAUUCACGUUCAAUGGCAAGUCGACAAUUGGGAUGAUACAUUAUGGUUUUUUACCAAAGGAUCUUCUCCAAAAGUUAAAGAAGUUAAACAAAAUCUUGAUCAAGUUAGUGUAUCUUAUUCAGAUCCAAAUGAAAUGUCAUUUGUUUCUGUUAGUGGACUAAAUGAUUCAGAUUUAAUAUUAAUGAAAGUAACCGUUGAUCAUGGUGAAUAUUGGGAUUCACCAAGUAGUAAAAUGGUACAAUUAUAUUCAAUGGCUAAAGCAGCAGCAACUAAAAUUCCUAAAGGUGUAGAUGAAAAUGAAAAAAUUGAUAUUCAAAAGUAA